AACUGCGCAGCCGCAAAGUGGCGAGCCCCUUAGCACGCAUCGGGCAACGAGACACAUAGGCGGACUCCGCCCCAUGGGAAAGCCGAGGCGAGAUCACUCUACCACUUCACACACCUAUGAUCUGCAAUUGGCGUCCGGGAGCCUAAACUUCCUGUAAGGAGCGGAAGCAGUGCUUGCCCGGGACUCUCUAGGGCUAUCGCCUCUCUUGGCUUUGUCCUGGAAGGCGGCGCAAGUCCUUCCGCCCCGAAAGCCGGCGCGGUGCAAAAGUUGCGUCAUGGCCAUGGUCCCCGUGCGGGACAGCAGCGCCAGGCGAAUGGAGGGGAUCGGCGAAGCGGCGAGCGUCGUCGUGUUCGCUUGACUGGCUGAGCCGCUGGGCGGAGAGGGUCCGCCGCCGCCCUUCCUUCUGCGCAUGUACAGAGCGCCUCUCCUGCUCGGUCUGAGGCUCCGGCGUUGCUGGUGCUGCUCCUCCUCCUCGUCCUUCCCGGUCAGACCUUGGCGCGGCGGCGGCGGGGCUGCUGCUCCUUCUGAGGAGGGCGCACCUUCCUCUCCUGGGCUGCCGGACAUGGCGAGGGUCCCCCUGCCGAUGCCUCUGCCGGCUUCCGGGCCGGACCGUCAGUCGGCGCUGUUGGCGGCAGCGUCCGCGCUGCGCGAGGGCGGCCUGGUGGCGCUGCCCACCGACACGGUCUACGGCGUGGCCUGCCUGGCGCAGGACUCGCGGGCGCUGGGAGCCGUUUACCGCCUGAAGGGCCGCGCCGCCAGUAAGCCCCUCGCUAUCUGUCUCGCCGACGUCGAGCACGUCUACAGGUACUGCAACGUCUGCGUGCCUGACAAGCUGCUGCAGGAACUCCUUCCUGGGCCAGUGACGCUGGUUCUGGAGCGCUCGGACACCCUCAAUAAAGACUUGAACCCCUUCACCCCAUUAGUUGGUGUCCGCAUCCCCAGUCACUGUUUCAUCAGGGAGCUGGCCAGGGAGUGUGCUGGUCCUCUGGCCUUAACAAGCGCAAACAUCAGUCAGGGGGAGAGCUCCCUCACAGUCACGGAGUUCCAAGAGCUCUGGCCUCACCUGUCACUUAUAAUUGAUGGGGGCCCCACUGGGGACAUCCAUAGACCAGAGUCCCGCCUAGGCUCUACCGUGAUUGACCUUUCUGUUCCUGGAAAGUUCAAGAUCAUCCGGGGAGGAUGUGCACUUAUUCAGACCGUUGAGAUCCUGGCAGUCAAGUAUGGCCUGACAACUGAGCUGCCUAUAUGUGGAAGUCUGUCCUCUCUAUCCCUUGAACACUUGGCCUGGAGGGGUUGAAGCAUUUGAACAAGACAGUGCAGCUGACAAUCAUGGAGUGUAUAGAAAAGCAGGAAGAUGCAUUUUGAGGGAUCCUCGUAGGUGGAGCUUGCCUGUGACUGGGGGGACCAAGCUGCCUUGAACCCAGCUCUACUGAAAACAAAGACCAGACCAGCCACUAAUGGGCAAGCAACAGGCUGCGUUUUUGACCAAUAUCAUUAAAAUGGAAACC